AAGAAGAGGAAGCAGGAAGUGUUUUCGUUCUUCACUUCCUCAGUCUGUCCGACCUCAGAGCCGCGACCUUCAGGAGGAAGCUCCGGUUAUCAGCACCAGGAACGCGUUCAUCCUCCGUCUCCGCCAGUCCACGCUUCCUCAGCAAGGCUCUUGUUUUGCCGGAAGUACCGCGCGACUACACCGAGCAGACUGCACCAUGGCCGCCUACAAGCUGGUGUUGAUCCGGCACGGAGAGAGCUGCUGGAACCAGGAGAACCGCUUCUGCGGCUGGUUCGACGCCGACCUGAGCGACACCGGCAUCCAGGAGGCCAAGAGAGGCGCCCAGGCGCUGAAAGAAGCAGGUUAUGAGUUUGAUGUGUGCUACACGUCUGUGCUGAAGCGGGCCAUCAGGACAUUGUGGUUAGUGCUGGAGGGCAUCGAUCAGAUGUGGCUUCCUGUGCAUCGCACCUGGCGUCUGAACGAGCGGCACUACGGCGGCCUGACGGGGUUAAACAAGGCCGAGACGGCGGCCAAGCACGGAGAGGCGCAGGUGAAGAUCUGGAGACGCUCAUACGACAUCCCACCUCCUCCCAUGGAGCCUGAGCACAACUUCUACUCCAGCAUCAGCCAGGACCGUCGCUAUGCCGACCUGACGGAGGACCAGCUGCCAUCGUGCGAGAGCCUGAAGGACACAAUCGCCCGCGCUCUGCCCUUCUGGAAUGACGAGAUCGUCCCGCAGAUCAAAGAGGGCAAAAGGGUGCUCAUCGCCGCCCAUGGCAACAGUCUCCGCGGCAUCGUCAAGCACCUGGAGGGUAUGUCCGAGGAGGCCAUCAUGGAGCUGAACCUGCCCACAGGAAUCCCCAUCCUGUACGAGCUGGACCAGACGCUGAAGCCUGUGAAGCCCAUGCAGUUCCUCGGGGAUGAGGAGACGGUCCGCAAGGCCAUGGAGGCUGUGGCUGCUCAGGGCAAGGCCAAGAAAUAGAGAGGGGAAGUGUGGGAGGAAGUGGUGGGAGAGAGAGAGAGAGAGAUAUAUUUAUCAAACACAUGUUUAUACACAUCACAUUCUAUAAGGAUGGUACUGGGUUCCACACAUGGCUCAGUAACUCGCUUGUGAGAAAUAAUUUAUUCAGAAUUGGGAGCAAAUUUCAGAAACUCUUCCUCGGCAGUAUUAAACGGUUGAACCCCCUGGUGACCCGAGACGUCCUUGUGCAUUUAAAGCACUGCGUUUUCUGUGGCUUCAAUAGAACACACUCGGCUUUGCUCGGUAGUGGAAGCGCUACGGCAACGGUAUCCAGGCAACGGCACUUAACGGACGAUGGGGCAGCGGGUAAAUCGUGUGUGCGCGCGUGUGUUUGUGUGCCUCUUUUGUAGAAAAGAAGCUGAAUGCGCUGUGUUCCAAAUCGCACCGUGACUCACACCAAACAUUGCACGCCUACAGCAUGCCACUUAAAACACACACACACACACACACACACACACACACACACAGUGUCCAUCGUUUCAGAUUCCCCCUUGGAGUUAAGUCUGAGGACCAAAAGUUAUCAUUCCUAACUUUUAAUAUUUUGAAGGGUGCUUACGUGUGUUACAUGGUGUGUAAAUCUGACUGUAUUUAAAUGUCGUCGUCGUCAUCAUCCUGAAAUAUUCCAUAUAAAUGCGACAUCCCUGAGCGUAGGUGUCUGUAGUACGAUGCCUUGAUUUAUUUUUGUUUGACUGUCUGUCUGAUGUGAGCCUACACUGGAGCUUGUGUUAACGCUUUAAUAAAAGUCGUUUGAAAAGAAA